AUGAGCCGCUACCAUGGAGACGCUGCUGCUGUCCCUGCAACUCCGCCUCCUCCACGUUGCCAUAGUGAUGAAGAUGAGGAGGAGGAAGACCUGAACAAGGCGUUUGAUGUCCCGUGUUUCCAGCAGAUUCUUCGUCCUGCAGCCUGCAGCCCGCCAGAGAAGCUCCGAGUCUACAAUGAGCAGGACUUUGAAGAACAUCGUCACCUGUCUCUGCACGUCCACCAUCCUCUGUCCAAACCUGCUGCUGACAGCAGGAGGAAGAGGAGCGGCGAAGGGAGGCGAGGCUCUGCUCCCAACACCACCAUCAGAGAAGACCGAGAGGAAGAGGAGGGUGAUGAAGAGUCCUACAGUCAUACUGACGGAGAGGAGGGACGCACUGCCACACCCACCAGUGACCCACCCAGAUCGACCAAUCACAACGGCCUGUCGCCUGGUUGCAUCAUGAAGAGCGUCGCCGUUGACGACGAGGCUGAAAUGCUGGCGUCUAUCGACCUGGACGGCAUCAAGAGCCACCGAUUGGACGACGUCCCGGCUGUCCGGCGCCACCUGGUCAGACGCAGCUCCAGAGGGCCGAGCGUCCACCUCACCAAAGAUCAGAGAGAAGCUCUGAGCAGCCAGCAGCAGCACCUCCAACACCUGCAGCCAGACCGCACGCCUCACGAGGUGUUCGUGGAGCUGAACGAGCUGGUGAUUGACAGGAACCAGGAGUUGCAGUGGAGGGAGACGGCUCGAUGGAUUAAGUUUGAGGAGGAGGUGGAGGAGGAGACGGAGCGCUGGGGAAGGCCUCACAUCGCCUCCCUGUCCUUCCGCUCUCUGCUGGAGCUCCGAAGAACCAUCUCCCACGGGGCGGUGCUCCUGGACCUGAAGCAGCAGACUCUGCCUGGUAUCGCUCAGCAGGUGGUGGAGCAGAUGGUGAUCUCAGAUCAGAUCAAAGCUGAAGAUCGAGCCAACGUCCUGAGAGCUCUGCUGCUGCCACACAGUCAUCCCAGUGAUGAGAAGGACCACAAUCUGUUCAACAAGAACAUCUCUGCAGCCAACAUGGCCGCCCAGAUGGACAGACACAACGGCCAAUCAGAGCCUUCCAUUCCUCUGACCAAUCACAAAGAGUCUAAUGGCGAGAAGAGUAAGAAAGAAGCUCCGCCCCCUUGUCAGUCCAGGUCCAAACACGAAGUCAAGCUGAUGGAGAAGAUCCCAGAAAGAGCCGAGGCCACCGUGGUCCUCGUAGGCAGUGUUGGGUUCCUGGAUCAGCCCUCCAUGGCGUUUGUGCGGCUGCAGGAGGCGGUUCUGCUGGAGUCGGUUCUGGAGGUUCCCAUCCCUGUGAGGUUCCUCUUCCUCCUGCUGGGUCCGCCCACCGCCAACAUGGACUACCACCAGAUCGGACGCUCCAUCUCCACACUGAUGUCAGACAAGAACUUCCACGAGGCGGCGUACCAAGCCGACGACCGCCAGGACCUGCUGACGGCCAUCAACCGGUUCCUGGACUGCAGCAUCGUCCUCCCUCCCUCCGAGGUCGGUGGGGACGAGCUGCUUCACUCGGUCGCUCGCUUCCAACGAGAAAUGCUAAGAAAGAGGGAGGAGGAGCAGAGCGGCAAGCUGCAGGAGAAAACGGCCCAGAGAGAGCAGGAGGAAGAUUCUUUCGUUCCCUCCAAAACCGGCGACGAGCCUCUGAAGCGUUCGGGUCGUCUGUUUGGAGGGUUGAUUAAAGACGUGACGCGGCGUUACCCUCAGUACCUCAGCGACAUACGAGACGCUCUCAACCCUCAGUGCAUGGCCGCCAUCAUCUUCAUCUACUUCGCUGCACUGUCGCCUGCCAUCACAUUUGGUGGACUCCUGGGGGAGAAAACGGAGGGUCUGAUUGGUGUGUCUGAGCUGAUCGUUGCCACGGCGAUGCAGGGCGUCGUGUUCAGCGUGCUGGGAGCUCAGCCGCUGCUGGUCAUCGGCUUCUCUGGACCGCUGCUGGUGUUCGAAGAGGCUUUUUACACUUUCUGUAAAGACAACAGCAUCGAGUACCUGACGGGUCGGGUCUGGAUCGGGUUCUGGCUGGUGCUCAUAGUUCUGCUCACCGUGGCCUUCGAGGGGAGCAUCCUGGUCCGCUUCGUCUCCCGCUUCACCCAGGAGAUCUUCUCCUUCCUCAUCUCCCUCAUCUUCAUCUACGAGACCUUCGCCAAACUGAUCAAGAUCUUCCAGGAGCAUCCUCUCCAGAACUGUUCUAGGAACAGCACAGCGGCUCCGUCUCUGUGUAACUACACCGCAGCCGCCAGGAACUCUGGGAAAGUAGUUGGAGAGCCGAACACAGCGCUGCUGUCUCUGGUUUUGAUGGCGGGAACGUUCCUCAUCGCUUUCUACCUGCGCAAGUUUAAGAACAGCUCCUUCUUCCCCGGCAGGCUGCGGCGGAUCAUCGGGGAUUUUGGCGUUCCCAUAGCGAUCCUGAUCAUGGUGCUGGUGAACAACAGCGUGAAGGACACACACACGCAGAAACUGAGCGUGCCCACCGGCUUCUCCGUGUCCACUCCGGAGAAACGUGAUUGGUUCAUUUCUCCGCUCGGCUCAGACGGACAGUUUCCUGUUUGGAUGAUGGCGGCGAGCUUCCUGCCGGCCAUCCUCGUCUUCAUCCUCAUCUUCAUGGAGUCCCAGAUCACUGCGCUGAUCGUCAGUAAGAAGGAGCGGAUGCUGAUGAAGGGGACGGGUUUUCACCUGGACCUCCUCAUCAUCGUGGUGGUGGGCGGAGUCUCGGCGCUGUUUGGGUUGCCAUGGUUAUCCGCGGCAACGGUGCGCUCCGUCACUCACACCAACGCGCUUACCGUGAUGAGCAAGGCCGUCGCCCCCGGAGACAAGCCUCGUAUCCAAGAAGUUAAAGAGCAGAGAGUCACAGGCUUCCUGGUAGCUGUGUUAGUGGGUCUGUCCAUGGUGAUCGGAGACGUCCUGCGUCAGAUCCCUCUCGCUGUGCUUUUUGGGAUCUUCCUCUACAUGGGAGUGAUGUCACUGAACGGGAUCCAGCUGACGGAGCGCCUCGUCCUGCUGCUGAUGCCCCCCAAAUAUCACCCUGACCACAACUACGUCCGCAAGGUGCGGACUCUGAGGAUGCACCUGUUCACACUGGUGGAGCUCACCUGUCUGUCUCUGCUGUGGGUUGUCAUGGCAACGUCGGCGGCGCUGGCUUUCCCAUUCAUGCUGCUGCUCACAAUCCCAGUGAGGAUGCUGCUGCUGCCCAGACUGUUCACCAGGAGGGAACUGCACAGCCUGGAUGCUGAUGAUGCGGAGCCUCACCUGGAGGAGAAGGAGGGGCAGGACGAGUACUCCCAGCUGCAGAUGCCCGUGUGA